AUGGACAGAAUCCAGCAGGGACUAUUGGCUGCGGUGCUUGGACUUAUCCUCGUGCUUGUGGUGUUCCAGUUGCAGAGCCGCACGGACAGCAAAUCCGGCUCCUCUUCGCCUUAUUGUAAGCCCACGUACUUGAUCGUGGGCGCCAACGGAGCUGGCAAAACCAGUCUUUUUUACAGCUUGACAAACAGGACGCAGAAUCCAGCUAGCUUUGUGUCAUCGCUCGAGCCCAACGUGGCGUCUGUCAGGCUUCCCUUCGCCAACGAGUCCAUCCAGAAACUGUACCAGCUCAUCGACUACCCCGGCCACUUGAAGCACUCUGAACUCUUGCGCACAUUGAUCCUGGACGACAUCACCGUGGGCAAGCUCAAAGGCGUCAUCUAUGUGGUGGACUCGUCGAGCGUCAGCUUGAGCCAAGAACUGAAAGUCUCGGCCAUGGCCAAGGAGUUGUUCCUUCUCUUGAGCACCACGGAGAAAAACCCCAACGGCGUUGAUUUCUUGUUUGCCGUCAACAAACAGGACUUGUUUGACUCCCGCCCUGUGCACAAAGUCAAGCAGGUUUUGGAGGAUGAGUUGGCCAAGCUUGUGGCGGACGAGAUCAGUGCCAAGGGUCUGGCCCGGGGCGGCAGCGGAAUCGAUAAUGACGACUUGGAGGAUGACGACGAGGAAAAGUUCAGGAAGGAGGAGUCCACACGUGACUUCUGGAAGGCUGUGGUGGGUUCUCUGCGGUUUAGUUUUGAUUUCUUGGAGGGAAACAUGGAGUUCGUUGGGGGCUCGGUGUUGAAGGGCGCCGUCGGCAACUGGGAGAACUGGUUUGACGAGAAGGCGGUCAACUACGGCGGGAUCUAG